AACAAUGUCACCAACUAACAAAAAUCGCACAUGCGUGGUGCUAUGUUCAUUCUCUGAUCCUUUGAUUAGAUGGACAACAUGUUCAUUCAUACUGCAAAAGCUUUGAUUGGUUGGAGGAUGGAAGGGGUUGAGGAGCAUGAUCCUCCUAGGUUUUGUAUUGAAGUCAAUGUAGCCAGAGGAGGCUAGAAAAUAGCUGUCCUGCGGCUACACUAUGGAGCUACCCUUGAGGGUACUGUUGAGACUACUGUAAACAUUCAUUGCACAAGUGUGUUUUAAUCAGGUAUUUGGUGACAUUAUUAUAUUUAGUAUAGUUUUAUCUGAAAGGACAAUGUUUCUGAAAUUCCUCCCCUUUCUUCCUCUGAGGAGCCUCCACUGGUUUGUGUGUCAGUGUGUGUGACUGUACAUAGACUAGCUGGGUUGGGUCCUUCUCUGCCUGACACUGUUUAAUAACAAAGUCACUAGCAGGGAAAAGUGUUUUACUUUCUCUCUUAGCUCUUUCUCUCUGUCUCUACCCUGGCGCUGAAACAGAGUGCCCAGAGGGCUCCUUCGGCGCUGGCUGCAGACGCAGGUGCCAAUGUGCCAAUGAGGCUGACUGUGAGCAUAUGGGUGGAGCCUGCACCUGCCUGCCUGGUUGGACAGGCACCUACUGUGAAAAACCGUGCCCUGAAGGAUUCCAUGGGCUGGAGUGUCAGCAGCAGUGUCAGUGUUCUAAUGGGGGGAGAUGUGACCACCUGACAGGGGCCUGCCACUGUCCAGACGGCUGGGUCGGAUCACAAUGCAACACCACAUGCCAGGCAGGGUGGUUUGGCAGUGGGUGUCAACACACCUGUGAGUGCUGUAAUAAUGCCAGCUGUGACCCUGUGAGCGGGCAGUGCCAGUGUAUGCCAGGCUGGACCGGCGCCAGCUGUGAGAAAGAAUGUCUAGAAGGCUUCUAUGGGUCAGACUGCCUGCAUCACUGCCUGUGUCAGAAUGGUGGUGUGUGUGAUCGUUUCUCCGGGGGAUGCUCGUGCCCCAGCGGGUGGACCGGGGCGGCCUGCGAACUGGAGUGUGCCCAUGGCUGGUUUGGGGCGGACUGUGCUCAGCCCUGUGCGUGUCUGAACAGUGGUGUGUGUGACCGUCACAGUGGAGAGUGCAGCUGUGGCCCAGGCUGGGUAGGACAGCACUGUCAGACAGCAUGUGAGGCUGGCCUGUUUGGCCCAGGGUGUGAGGAGCAGUGUCGAUGUAAACAUGGGCCCGUGUGUGACCACGUCAGCGGAGUGUGUGUGUGUCCUCCUGGCUGGAGGGGACCUCUAUGUGAUAGAGCCUGUCUACCUGGCUCCUAUGGGAAGGACUGUGUGCUACGUUGUAACUGUCCCCACGGCACUUCCUGCAACCACGUUUCCGGCGAGUGUGGCUGUCCUCCUGGAUACACUGGCAACGGCUGUGAGCAGAUAUGCCAGCCUGGCACAUAUGGGCUGAACUGUAACCAGGUGUGCCAGUGCCCUGGCACCAACCAGCUAUGCCACCCUGACACCGGCCUCUGCUACUGCACCCCCGGUUACCAUGGUUACAACUGUAAUCAAGAGUGUGACAUAGGACGGUACGGCCCAAACUGCGAGCGGCUGUGCCAAUGUAGGAAUGCUGGUGUGUGCCAGACCACCACAGGCACCUGCCAGUGCCUGUCUGGCUACAUCGGAGCAGACUGCAACAUCACUUGCCCAUCAGGGCGUUAUGGGCAGGACUGUGCCAAGGUGGCUUUGUGUGGGGAGGGGGCAAGGAGUGACCCAGAGACGGGCAGGUGUGUGUGCAAGGGGGGCCAGCGGGGAGAAGACUGCGGACAGGGUUGUGCCCAGGGUUGGUAUGGGGUGGACUGUGGCCAGCGCUGUAACUGCCGUAACAGUGGUAUGUGUGACCCAGUCUCUGGAGGCUGCACCUGCGGACUAGGCUGGACCGGACCCAGCUGUGACAGAGAGUGCCCCUUAGGGAGUUACGGGGCCAACUGCAAACUGCGGUGUGAUUGUAAUAACAAUGGGACGUGCGAUAGAGUGACGGGAGAGUGCCGGUGUGACCCGGGAUACUACGGUCACCUGUGUGAACACGCCUGCCCUGCUGGUUUCCAUGGCCACCGCUGUCAGUUCCAGUGUAAGUGUCGAGGCCACGCCCCCUGUGACCCCAGCACAGGGCACUGUCUCUGCCCUCCUGGUUACCAUGGAUACCGCUGUGAGAAAGAGUGUGAGCAGCGUCGUUUCGGGGUGGGCUGCAUCCAGUCAUGUGACUGCGAAGGGGACACCCCAUGUGACCCCAUGACCGGCCGUUGUCUGUGCCCCCCAGGGAAGAUGGGCACGCAUUGCGACACAGAUUGUCCAGUGAACCGCUACGGCCCGGACUGUUCUGAGAGCUGUGAGUGCAGGAAUGGGGGGUGGUGUGACCCACGGAACGGCCGCUGCAUCUGUCUACAUGGCUGGAUAGGGCCCACCUGUCAGGAAGGAGGGACCCUCACGUCUCCACAGCUGGGCAACAGAAAUCAAGAAAAGAGUCACUCACACACUGUCCCAGUAUAGCACCCCCUACUGACCUACCCCCAGCCUCAUACAAUUGCGGCCUACUGGUCACCUCUAGAGA